GCGGCACGCACCGUGGACAGGAAUCAAAUGGCGGUCCGCUUGGAGGAGGUUGCGGUGCUAACUGGGCACUCCGAGUGCGUAUGGCAUGCUUCGUGGCAUCCAAACGGGGCACUGCUGGCAACGUGCGGAAGUGACAAGACGAUUCGUAUCUGGUCUCCUUCCCGAAACCCGAAGAAACAGCCUGCGUGGGACUGCGUCGCAACACUGGAAGACGCCCAAGGUCGAACGAUUCGUGCGUGCGAAUGGUCACGCAACGGCCAGUACAUUGCGUCCGUCAGCUUUGACGCGACGACAGUGAUCUGGGAGAAGCAAGGCGACGUGUACGAAGUGAUUGCGGCUCUCGAAGGCCACGAAAGCGAAGUCAAGAGCGUGGCGUGGAGUCCGUCGGGGUCGUAUCUGGCCACGUGCAGUCGCGACAAGAGUGUGUGGAUCUGGGAAGCAGAUGCAGAGACGGAUUUUGAGUGCGUCUCCGUGCUCCACGGCCACAGCCAGGACGUCAAGUUUGUCCUGUGGCACCCCGAGGAAGAUCUCCUCUUCUCGACCUCGUACGACGACACCGUAUGCGUGUGGGCCGAGCGCGAUGAUGACUGGGCAUGCAUUGAAACCUUGACUGGACACUCAUCGACAGUUUGGGCGGCCACCACAGAUGCCAGCGGCCUUCGCCUGGCCACGUGCUCCGACGAUACGUCAGUGUUGCUUUGGCAGCGGCAUCCUGCGACGCUGACGGCUGAAGGCCGGCCAACAGAAUGGUCCAAGGUCGAUGCGCUCGUCGGGUACCAUCCCCGCGCAGUCUUCAGCAUCCACUGGAAUCCCACGACCAAUGUGUUGGCGACGGGAUGCGGCGACGACGGGAUACGGUUGUUCCAGGUCAACGGAACGUCGGGCAAGUUUGAGCUCGCAUUCCAGCAAGUGCGCGCACACGCAGGCGAUGUCAAUUGCGUCCGGUGGUGCCCGACGGACCCAACGCUCUUGGUCUCUGCGGGCGACGACGCGAACGUGCGGCUGUGGCGAGUGGUCCCGUUGUAGCUCAACUGGCCUCGCGUAUGCGAAGCAGAGACUGUGUCGAAAACUCUGUAACCCAUGGCCCUUGUGACCGUCUUGAUG